AUGUAUUGCUUUAACCAAAAAAAUGUUUUAAUUCUGUUUUUCAUUCUCACUCUGUGGACAUCUCUUGUAACUUGUAACAAGUUGCUGGAGAGACACGAGCAGUGGAUGGAAGAACAUGGUAAGUCUUACAAAGAUGCUGCUGAGAAAGAAAAACGUUUCCAAAUAUUCAAGCAAAAUUUGGAGUUCAUUGAAUCAUUCAAUGCUGCUGGAGACAGUGGUUUCAACCUUAGCAUUAAUCAAUUUGCAGACCAAACCAAUGAAGAAUUUAAUGGUCAGAAGAAGCCACUAACUGAUGUUGAAAUAGCAGCAUCAGAAGAAAGAGUGUUUAGGUAUGAAAAUGUAACUGAUGUUCCUUCUACCAUGGAUUGGAGAGAAAGAGGAGCUGUUACUCCAAUCAAGCAUCAGCACCUUUGUGGUAGUUGUUGGGCAUUUGCAACAGUGGCUGCAACAGAAGGUAUUAACCAAAUAACAACAGGAAGAUUGGUGUCACUCUCAGAACAAGAACUAGUAGAUUGUGUUAAAACUAAUACAACUUAUGGAUGUAAAGGUGGUUAUUCAGAAGAUGCUUAUGAUUUCAUUGUUAAAAAAGGAGGAAUAACAAGUGAAGCCAAAUACCCUUAUAAAAGAGUUGAUGGAAAAUGUAAUAUUAAGAAAAGUUCCUACAUUGUUGCCAAGAUUAAAGGUUAUGAAACAGUUCCUGCUAAUAAUGAAAAAGCACUUUUAAAAGCAGUUGCAAAUCAACCUGUAGGGGUUUAUAUUGCAUCUGGAAAACGUGCUUUCCAAUUUUACUCAAGUGGAAUUUUGGGAGAAGAAUGUGGAAUUGAUUUAGACCAUGCAGUUACAAUAGUUGGUUAUGGUACCAAUGAUGAUGGUGUGAAAUAUUGGUUAGUGAAAAAUUCAUGGGGCACUAAAUGGGGUGAGAAAGGAUAUGCCAAGUUUAAAAGAGACAUACAUGCAAAGGAAGGUGUAUGCGGACUUGCUAUGGUUCCUACCUAUCCAAUAGCAUAA